ACAACUUUUUACCAGCAUUCAGAGUGUAUCUUCCUGGAAUACAUUUUAAAAAAUGAAAAAAAAUAUGAAGGAACUAAAACACUUCAUUUUGGAAAGAGUGAAGGAGCAUCAGGAGACACUGGAUCCUAACAGCCCUCAAGACUACAUUGACUGCUACCUCUCCAAAGUGCAGCAGGAGAAAGACAAUCCCCAGUCUGAAUUUGACUUAGAGAAUCUAGCAGUCACUGCAGCAGACUUAUUUUCUGCAGGAACAGAGACAACUGGCAGCACUCUAAGAUAUGGUCUGCUGCUCAUUCUGAAACAUCCUGAGGUCCAAGCAAAAAUUCAUGAAGAAAUUAAUCGUGUGAUUGGACACAACCGAAUUCCUUCCAUAAAGGACAGGCAAGAUAUGCCCUAUAUGGAUGCUGUCAUGCAUGAAGUGCAAAGAUUCAUUGACCUCGUACCUCUCAACCUGCCCCAUGUCGUGAACCACGAUGUCCAAUUCCAACAGUAUAUCAUCCCCAAGGUCAGCAGUCAUGGGAGCAUGGGCUCUAGUGUUGGAAUGAUUCUUAGUCUGGUCCAGUGAACUCACUUUACAUGU